AUGGCUCCACAAUUGAAAAACCCAAAGUUAUUCCAAAACAAACCAUUCAUCAAUGGUCAAUGGUAUGAUUCCAAAUCAACCAAGACUUUCAAAGUCAUUGAUCCAGCAACUGAAGAAGUUAUCAUUGAAUUGCCAGAUCAAACCCCAGAAGAAAUUGACGAAGCUAUCAAAAUUACCCAAGAAGCAUUCAAUAAAUACAAACACACAGGAACUUAUGAACGUUCUAAAUGGUUAAGAAGAAUGUAUGAAUUGAUGAUGGAAAACUUGGAUGAUUUAGCAGCUUUAAUCACUUGGGAAAAUGGUAAAUGUUUAACUGAUGCCAUUGGUGAAAUUAAAUAUGCUGCUAGUUAUUUUGAAUGGUUUGCAGAAGAAGCCAAGCGUAACUAUGGUCACACUAUUCAACCACUGAAUCCAAAUAAUAAAGUCAUUACUUAUAAACAACCAGUUGGUCCAGUUGGGUUAUUAUGUCCAUUUAAUUUUCCAAGUGCAAUGGGUGCAAGAAAAGCUGCUCCAGCUUUUGCUGCAGGUUGUACUUGUAUUUUGAAACCAGAUGCUCAAACUCCUUUAAGUUCUUUAGCUUUAGCUUACUUGGCCAAAGAAGCAGGUUUCCCUGAUGGUGUAUUCAAUGUAGUUUUGGUUUCUGUUGAAAGUACACCAAUGGUUGGUUUGAAAUUUUGUGAAUCUCCAUUGAUUAAAAAAGUCAGUUUCACCGGUUCCACGCCAGUUGGUAAAUUGUUAAUGAAGCAAUCAUCAUCUACUUUGAAGAAAUUAUCCAUGGAAUUGGGUGGUAAUGCACCAAUUAUUGUUUUUGAAGACGCCAAAUUGGAUCUUGCCGUUGAACAAAGUAUUGCUUCUAAAUUUAGAUCAUUGGGUCAAACUUGUGUUUGUGCUAACAGAAUCUAUGUUCAAAGAGGUGUUUAUGAUGAAUUUAUUAAAAAAUUUGCUGAAAAAGUGGAAAAUUUCAAAAUUGGUAAUGGAUUUGAAAAAGGUGUCACUCAUGGUUGUGUUAUAAAUCAAAAAUCAAUUCAAAAAGUUGAAGAUCAUUUACAAGAUGCUUUACAAAAAGGUGCCAAAUUGGUUGUUAAAGGUGGUAGACUUCCUGAAUUGGGUAAAAACUUUUAUGCACCAACAGUUAUCAAGGAUGUUACUCAAGAUAUGAGAGUUGUACAAGAAGAAACCUUUGGUCCAUUAGGUGCCAUCACUCCAUUUGACACCAAGGAAGAGGUAUUACACUGGUGUAAUGAUACUCCAUAUGGAUUGGCAUCUUAUGUUUUUAGUGAUAACUUGAACACUGUUUGGUAUAUGUCAGAGUACUUAGAAUCUGGUAUGGUUUCUGUCAAUACUGGUUUAUUCACUGAUGCCGCUUUACCAUUCGGUGGUAUUAAAGAAUCUGGAUUUGGUAGAGAAGGUUCCCUUUAUGGUAUGGAUGACUAUACUGUUGUCAAAUCAAUCACUUUAGGAAAUGUUUACCAUUAA